CUCUGCCCACCGAGUAUCAUUCUUAAUCGCCCUCUCUCAACAAAAAUGAUCUUCAGCAUCUUCGCUCUCCUUCCGUUUGCCCUCUUUGCUGCUGCGCAAAGCCAGUGCGACACCGGGUACAUCAAGUGCUGUAACGGCAACAACAUUUAUUCGCAAACGGAGCCUAACCUGUACGAGCUUGGCCUGGUUGACGUUGCUGCGGCAGUAGACGCAUUCGUGGCUCUCGAGUGCUCUGGGGUCAGCGUUGUCGGUACUUCCUCUGGCUGUACAGCCAACCAGCAGCCCCUUUGCUGUGAGAAUGAGAAAUACAAUGGUAUUGUCAGCAUUGGCUGUACUCCCAUCGGCGUCGGCCUUUGAAUGACGGAUGGCGCGUAUGGAUAAAAUUGAGGGUUUCUGUGGUCUCCGAAUUAUUACCUUAUUUUGAUGGAUAUAUUACUCUCCUGUCACCACCACGCUCCUUGUUUGUAAACUCAUCAGUACAAGUACCAUGAUACCUGCCUGUCUACGAUGGAACUAUUACUGUCUU